AAAAAAAAAAAACAGUGGACUUCAGUCGGCGCGGUUCCUGACUCGGCUAGUCGGCUGAGAUACAAGAAUCUCCCACGAAAAAACCAGAACAAGAAUUUGUACGAGUAUCCAUUACUCCACCGAACGAGAAGAAACAAGAAUGAUGAAUUCGUGCGAAGUUCUUCGGUCGCCUGCAAAAGUGUCUUUGAAUUGCAUUGACCUUUCCAUCCCUGACAUUAAAACCUCUGCUUCUCUCCUUAAACAGGCCUCCAUAGAGUCUGGAUUUUUCUAUGUGAUAAAUCAUGGAAUCAGCCAGGAGUUCAUGGAUGAAGUCUUUGAGCAAAGCACAAAGUUUUUUGAGUUGCCAUUGCCGGAGAAAAUGAAGCUCCUUAGGAACGAGAAACAUCGAGGCUACACUCCUAUGCUGGACGAACACUUGGACCCAGAAAAUCAAACUCACGGGGAUUACAAGGAAGGAUAUUAUAUAGGUAUUGAACUACCAGAAGAUCAUCCAGAAGCAGAAAGACAAUUCUAUGGGCCAAACAAAUGGCCAAAUGAAGAUAUCUUGCCUGGAUGGAGAGAAGCUAUGGAGAAGUAUCACCAACAGGCACUUAAGGUGGCAAAAGAAAUAGCAAGGAUCAUAGCUCUUGCACUGGACAUGGAUGUUGAUUUUUUCCAGCAGCCGAAAUAUCUUGGCAAUCCUAUAGCCACUCUACGCCUGUUACAUUAUGAAGGUAAAUGUUCUGAUCCCGCAAAGGGAAUUUUUGGAGCUGGUGCACAUAGUGAUUUUGGUUUUAUCACGCUCUUAGCAACUGAUGACAACUACGGCCUUCAGAUCUGCAAGGAUAAAGAAGCUAAUCCUCAGGUUUGGGAGUAUGUAGCGCCAUUGAAAGGUGGAUUCAUAGUAAACAUUGGUGAUAUGCUGGAGCGGUGGAGCAACCUUAAAUUCAGAUCAACAUUGCAUCGCGUACUGGGAAAUGGUCAAGAAAGAUAUUCUAUUGCAUCUUUCUACGAGCCUAGUCAUGAUUGUAUAGUUGAGUGCCUGCCAACUUGCCAAUCAGAUGACAAUCCUCCCAAGUUUUCCUCCAAUAAAAUGUGAAACAUACUUACUUCAACGAUACAUGGAUACACAUGUUGAUCUGAAUUCAUACAAACAGGAGUAAGACACAAGCUCAGAGGUUGGGAGGAUCAUAUACAACUGUCAUCUAGUCCUCAUUGAACUUUUCAGUGCUAUUACAACCAGGGCCGGUUCUGGGGGGAGGGCAAGAGGGGCGACCGCCCUAGGCCCGAAAAAAUAGAAGAAAAAAUAGGCCCAAUUUUUUUUCUUUAUGUAUAUGUGAGUAGGCUUCUUCUUUUAUUCUUAAGGUCAGUUAAUUAGGCCUAAUGUUUGAUUUUGUUGACAAUUUGAAGAUUUAAUAUGUAAAUAAAAAUCUUAAACAGAGCCAAGUUUGAAAAGAAUAUAUACAUAAAUUUAAGCAGGAUCAGUUGUAGUUUUUAAAAGCAAUACAAUUGUUGCUGCAUCAAAAAAAAAUUAUACAUUAAUUUUAAGUAGG